CUACUAUUCCAGCCAUUACCGCCCUCGUCUGUGUUGACAACAGUGCAUGCUAGGCACAGGGCGAAAUGAUUUCCAACGAGCCCGUGCUAUUGCAUCAAACUCUACUGCGACUUCUCGUGAAUCGUGUGAAAUGCCACUUGGUUAGUUAGCCGAAUAAAAAGAGGAUCCGCGUCGUCCCUAGUUACGUCCCCGACUGAGAGUUUACAGAUCGAGGGGAGGAAAUGACCCAGCUGAGCGUCCGUCGCUGGACGCCUAAGCACGUCGCCAAGUGGCUGAAGGAGGAAGGCUUCUGUGACUAUGUGGACCUGCUGUGCAACAAACACCGCCUGGACGGCACCAGCCUGCUCGCCCUCAGCGAGUACGACCUCCGCUCGCCUCCCCUGGAGCUCAAGGUGCUGGGGGACAUCAAGCGGCUGAUGGUGUCCAUCCGCAAGCUCCAGAAGCAGAACAUCGACCUGUUGGAGGAGCUGGGCCUCCCCUUCGACGGGCUCUCUCCGUCGGCCUCCGGGGGCACUUUGGAGUGGCUGUGCAACGGGGACCCGGGGGGCAGGGACUGCGACAGCACCGACACGGCGCCGGUGGGGGAGGAGUACCACCAGUACACCAACGGGAAGUACAAGCAGCAGAUGAGGCGGCUGGACCCGGAGUACUGGAAGACGGUGCUCAGCUCCGUCUACGUGGUGUUCGUGUUCGGGUUCACGUCCUUUGUCAUGGUCAUCGUGCACGAGAGGGUGCCCGACAUGCGCACGUACCCUCCGCUGCCAGACAUCUUCUUAGACAGUGUGCCUAGAAUACCGUGGGCCUUUGCCAUGGCUGAGGCGUGCGGAGUGAUCCUCUGUAACAUCUGGCUGCUGGUUCUGCUGCUGCACAAACACAGGUCCAUCCUCCUGCGGCGCCUGUGCAGCCUCAUGGGGACGGUGUUCAUGCUGCGCUGCGUCACCAUGUUUGUCACCUCCCUGUCCGUGCCGGGACAGCACCUGCAGUGCUCAGGAAAGAUUUACGGCGACAUGUGGGCCAAGCUGCAGCGAGCCGUGGCCAUCUGGAGCGGCUUCGGGAUGACCCUGACGGGGGUCCAUACGUGCGGAGACUACAUGUUCAGCGGCCACACCGUGGUCCUCACCAUGCUCAACUUCUUCGUCACGGAGUACACGCCUCGCAGCUGGAACUUCAUUCACACUCUAUCCUGGGUCCUCAACCUCUUCGGCAUCUUCUUCAUCCUGGCCGCACACGAACACUACUCCAUCGACGUGUUCAUAGCCUUCUACAUCACUACCAGACUCUUCCUGUACUACCACACCCUAGCCAACACCCGGGCCUACCAGCAGAGCCGACGGGCUCGCAUCUGGUUCCCCAUGUUCUCCUUCUUCGAGUGCAACGUCAACGGGCCGGUCCCCAACGAGUACUGCUGGCCCUUCUCCAGGCCGGCUGUGAUGAGGAGGCUGAUUGGAUAAUGAACAGCGUCCUGUCGGACACAUUUGUAGGCCGUUGCUGUUUUCGUCUGCUUUUGUCUAGUUGCCAACGGGGGGUGGUGUUUGACAUCCUCGACAACAAAGACGCCUGAUGUGAUACACAGAGCCAUACCCUCUUUGAUUUUUGGGACUCAGCUUCCAAAGCUGCAAGAGUUUCUCGAAGGCCACUCGUCAUCGUGUUCGAUUCGAAAAAAAAAAAGUGGAAAUUUGUCAGAUUUAUUGUUUCGCUUAUUUUUUUCCUCCAAAGGAAUAUCGUGUUAUGUGGCAUGAUUUGCAUUAUUCUUUAUCUUUUAGUGAAGAGUAUCUCGAUAGCCUCAUCGAAUCCUUCAGACUACCAUUUUCUGUGCAGUGAAAACGCUAUUUGGUUUUGGAUUUUUGUCUUUGUAGUUCCUCUAAAUGCUACUCCUUGGACCAGAGUUGAAGCAAUAUGUAUAGAUCUACAUUAGACUGCAAAGCAAAAAAAAAAACAAACAAACAAACUGUCUUCAUGUUGAGUAACAUGUCUUCUGCAUUCCUUGAGCUCGCGUUUUGAAAACUUUACUAAAGGCUGUCGGAGAAAUUCACGGCUAAAUAUAGAUAGACGACACAAUGCAUUGAAUCCUGUGAAUUUAAUGUCGACUGCUUUUUCUUUUUCUGUACAGGUUGUGGAAGGGAUGUGUUCUAGAAAAUGUUAUUAUCAGCCAAAAAUAGUUUGCUUCCAGCUGUCUUAAUUACGAUUCUACUUGCCAAUUACCUUGAGUGUUAAGAUGAGAUUAGAUUAGAUUUCUGUGUCGAGAUGUUGCAAACCUUUCACAUUUACUUUAAAAUAGAUGUGUUUUUUUUUUAAAAGAAAGAAAAAGAUCAUACUACAUUGUAAAUUACCAGACUAAGACCAAGUACUAUGAACUUUUUUCUCUGACAUUAAUCUGUAGUGAACAGACCCUAAAAAUUUGUACGUAUUUGUUUUAUAUUAAUUUAUUUCAUUUUGUAAAUGUCGAUAGGUAUUUUUAUAUUCCAUAUAAACAGUUGCAGCAACGUGCACACAGAGAAAUAUGUUUACAGUUGCUUUGGACUAUGUAUUUGUUAAAAACACAAUGUGCUUUUUAAUGUUGAUUUCAGAUUUUCCUUGACAUUUUCACUGAGCGAAACUUGCCACUGUAGUGAUGCACCGGUUAUUUGGUGAUUGCAUCACGCUGAGUUUGCUAAAUGGAGGUGACAGUCUAACACAUCCUAAAGUCCAGGACGGAUGCUUUUGUGUUCACGUGUUACUGCAAAGCCACAUGACUCGUUUCUUGUCUCGUCAGGCAUUUCCAUCAUUAAAGAACUGAAAUCAG